AUGUGCAGUAUUUCAACAAGACUCGAUACUCUGAAUCAGCAACUUAUGACCAUUUCAAAAUUACAAAGAAUGGAUCAGGAAUUUGAUACGUAUUCUCACUCAGCAUGUAAAAAACAACAGAUAGUUGAAGCUACCCAAGCAAAUACAACUUUGAAGUUAGAACGGGAUGACCUAAAAAAUAAAUUGGACUCUUUAACAGAGGAUGAAUCUAAAAGGUGCGAAGAAGUUGAGCAGGAAGUAAAUAGAAUGAAAUGCGCGGUAAAAGUAAAAGAAGAUGCUUUAAAUAAAGUAAGAACAGAAUUCAUGGAUAUGAUCAUGGAACUUACAAAUGUGAUUAGAGUACAGAAAAAAAGGAUACACGAAGUAACAAAUAUGUGUAACAAUCAACAGCAUAUAUUGUACAAGAAAGAUGAAGAAUUAUUUCAGAAAGCUACAGAACUAUCGGAAGUACAAAGUAUGUUGGAGUCUAAUAACAGCACCUGUAAAGAAAUGGAGGAACAAAUAGAACAUUUAAAACAUUGUCUGUGCGAAGAAACAAGAGCUUGUGAUUGUUUUAAGCAAGAAAUAGAAAUUCUUAAAGAAAAUCAUUUAUCUGAAAUAAGGAUAAAAGAAAAGAUUGUAGAAGAACAAAACAAGACUAUUUCAAGGCAAAAAAAGUUACUGCACGAUAGCGAAGAAAUGGCCCAACAAUUAGCCUCUGAGUUCGAUAGACUCAAACUAGAAUUAUGUCAAGAAAAGCAAAAAAAUAAAUCUUUACAGAUAACAUUGAACAAGACUGAUAAUCAAUUAAACAAAGUUCAUUCAUUGGACUGUAAAAAGUGUAGAACUUUGACAUCUAAAAUAGAUCAUUUGAAGACAGAAAAAGAAAGAGCACUGGCAAUUGCAAAAUUUUCUUAUCAAAAAUUAAAUCAGUCUGUGAAAGAAUAUCAAAAGCAACUCUGUUGUGAGAGGCAGCAACAUAAAUAUAUGGCAUUAAUUAUCGAAAAGAAAGAGAAGGAGAUAGGAUGUUUAAAAAGUCAAAUAUGCCAAAGGAGUUCAAGAUAUACAAAGGAAAUGAACAAUUAUGUCUUAUAAUGUGGUGAAA